AUGUCAGCUUGUUGCAUUAAAAAUUGCAAAAGUCGAUCUUCCGGCAUCUUCAGCACAAAUAUUAUGUUUUAUACGUUUCCUAAAGAUGAGGAGCUUCAUAAAACUUGGCUAAAGGCUUGUGACAAAGAUCCGAAUUACAAGAUUAAACAUGAAAGAGUAUGCGAACUGCAUUUCAAACCAUACUGCAUUAAAAACAAAAUGACAAUGCAGUUAAAAGGAAAUACACCACGUGUAAUACACAGAUUGGAGAAAGGAUCUGUGCCGACAGAAUUGCUAAAUGUACCAAAAGCACGACAGAAGUAUUUAUAUUCGUUUAGACAAAACCACACUGACAAUGAUUCUUUGAAAAAAUCAGAUCGACUCGGCUUACCAACUUAUGCGGAGCUUAUUACAUAUGUAAAUAAUAUUGCUGGUAAAGCUAUACCUGCCGAAUCCAUAUCUGAAGACAACACUGUGCUCUAUAAUACAAGAGCAACAGAACAAAAGGAAAUUAUACUCACCACCACCGAAUUUGUGCCAUCUACAAACGAUGUCAUCAGAAAUAAUGCCAUUUUGGAUUCUGACAUGUCUGUAACGGACAGCAGCAUGCUUUAUAGUACAAUCUGUGGUUCAUCAGAAUAUAUACAAUCUUAUCAAAGUCAAAGUCCACAAAGUCCACAAAGGCCACAAAGGAGGUGA